CGCCUAUCCAACCAACACCUUGUAACAUUCAAAAGUCACAAGGAGUGCCUUCCAGCCGCCCUCCAAACUUCCCUGUUCACGCCGACUCACUUUCCGGCUUCAGUUCCAUCGUUGAGCUAGAACCAAGGAAAGAUACAUUGACACUUGGAUUGCACUGCAAUUCGAACACCACCGACCGCGCCCCGUCUCCAUUGACCCGUGGAUCGCCAUGGGCGAUCACGAAAAUGAUGACCUCCCUCAACCUUUCGACGCCAAGAAGCUAGCCCCGGCCAAAAAGCGGCAACGGUCGACCUCGCCCAGCGCAAGCGGAAAUGCAAGCGGCUCGGGCGAACCCCCGCGCAAGCUCAAGCGACCGGGCCAGCGCGCCCGCAUCACCGAUGCCGAGCGCGAGCAGAUCCGGCAGCGGGCUCUCGAACGCGAACGACAGGCGCAACACCAGGCGGCCACGGAGGAGCUGAAGCAGCGAUCGACAAUCAACGACGUGGUCCGGGCACACUACAAUGCCGUCCCAGAGCGCGGCCGCGAGUGGCGCAAGACGGAUAGUCGCAUCAAGGGCUUGAGGUCGUUCAACAAUUGGGUCAAGAGCUGCAUCAUUCAGAAGUUCUCCCCAGAUGAGGACCACUCGCCGGGGGCACUGGAGCAAGGAAUAACCUCGGGCAAUAAGCUGCUUGUGUUGGAUAUCGGAUGCGGCAAAGGAGGAGACUUGUUCAAAUGGCAGCAGGCGCCCCAAACAGUGGAUCUAUAUGUCGGCUUGGACCCAGCCGAGGUGUCCAUCGAUCAGGCGAGAGAGCGUUACCGGAGUAUGAUAAACCGCGGCGGAGGCGGCGGGCGGGGCGGUAGGGGCGGCCACCGGCGCCAACAGCAGCGGAUCUUCGAAGCCCGGUUCCACGUCAAGGACUGCUACGCCCAAAGCAUCGAUGAUUUAGACAUCGUGCGGCAGGUUGGGUUUUCAGCAUCCAACGUCAGCAGCAGCCGCGGGUUCGACGUGGUCAGUAUGAUGUUCUGCAUGCACUACGCCUUUGAAUCCGAGGCGAAGGCACGCCAGAUGCUCAAGAACGUGGCCGGCUCUCUGAAGAAAGGUGGCCGGUUUAUUGGGUGCAUUCCCAAUUCGGACGUCAUCAGUGCCAAGGUGGAAGCCUUCAACAAGCGCAUGGAGGAGAAGAAGGCAAAAGCCGCCGCAGAAUCUAAGAACACACCCUCUUCCGACCCCUCCGCAGAAAAGGAGGCACCAAAAGAAGACGGUGAGCUCGAAGAAGAAGGCGAAGCCGAAGAGACGGCUUCAUGGGGCAAUGAGAUCUACCGGGUGCGCUUCCCAGGCGCGACCCCAGCCGACGGCAUCUUCCGCCCUCCCUUCGGAUGGAAGUACAGCUUCUUCCUGCACGAGGCCGUCGAGGAGGUGCCCGAAUAUGUGGUACCCUGGGAGGCUUUCCGGGCGCUGGCCGAGGACUACAACCUGGAGCUGCAGUACCACAAGCCGUUUGCCGAGGUGUGGGAGACGGAGAAGGAUGACCGCGAGUUGGGAGCGUUGAGCGAGCGGAUGGGUGUGCGGGAUCGGGCUACAGGCAAGCUACUCGUUUCAGACGAGGAGAUGGAAGCGGCCAGCUUUUACGUGGCGUUUUGCUUCUACAGGGUCUGAGCGAGGGCAAUCGGAAGGUUGGUCUUGUUGCGGUAUCAUGCAUGCCUUCGAACUCGAGGAGGAAAUCUGUGCCGAUGGGAUACGGUUAUGAUCAUCUCCUGCUCGCGGUCUCUUUCUGGAGUGGACCACUCAUCGGGCAAGGCUCUCGGUUGCAUUUUAGGAACCUUUCUUGAACGGGAAGGGCGAAAAGGGUGCGCGGUUAGAAGGGAAUCACGGUCAUGAACAACACCAUACUUGAGCUAGAUACCCAUCAUCCUCAGUCCCCAAAUGGUCGAGGACACUAGCAUAGUCCCGGAAGUGAGAGAAUUUCGGA